GCUGCCGCGCAGCAGUCGCCCGUGCCCGCAGUCCUGAUGAACGGCCCGCUGGCCAUUGGCGUCGUCAAAUCUAAGCAGGCGGCCGCAGUUCCGAAGAAGAGGCUCAAGUCUGUGGCCAAGGCUGCGACCGAGAUUCCAUUGACUAGGCCGAUUCCGGAGGUCAUCCUGGAUGACGUCAUCCAUUUCAUGAGCUAUUGCUUGCGCAAUGUGGCCACCGACGUUUUGUCUUCACAGUCAGCGCACAAGCAGGCGCGCAUCUGGUGUAUCCAUUUCAUUUUUAAGCACGAGGUUCUGGUUCCAGCGUAUAGCGAGAAACUUCAGAAGAAGCCAAGCUGCGUGGAUGGCAAGCUGAAAAUCACG